CGACUACCCCCGCGACUGCCCCGCCCGAGCUACCCCGCAGCUCAGACUCGUCAUGACCAUCGCGCCGCGCACGCUCGCUCAAGCCUUCGCGGCUCUGCUCGUGAUUUGCGUUGUCACCAGCGUCUUCUACCUGGCGCUGCCAAGUGCACAGCUGAGUGUUCCAGGCCUCCCGGUGCCAUGGUUCACAGACAUCGAAGCCAAAAGGAGCCAGUGGAGAGAUGCGAGGAACUGGGUGUUUAAAGUCCCGGACGCAGCACCAAGCCCACAGCAGGCAGCUCGGCCGAUGCGCACUGAUGUCGUCUUCCUGAAGACUCACAAAACGGCGAGCAGCACCUUCCAGAACAUACUGUUCCGCUUCGGCGAGAAGCACAACCUGACGUUCGCCUUCCCCAUCAGGACGUACCAAUUCGUCUACCCGGGCCCGUUCAUGGCCUCAUACGUGGCUCCUCUGCCACCGAUCGUCGCUGCCGCCGGCGGGCACUUCCACAUCCUGUGUAGCCACAUGCGCUUCAACAUGGCCGAGGUGGCACGCGUGAUGAGUCCCAACGCCACUUACCUGUCCAUCGUGCGCCGUCCCGAGAGCGCCUUCGAGUCCGUGUUCCAAUACUACCAGAGCGUCGUGCCUGCUUUCAUCGCAGCGAAAAAAGAAAGUAAAGGCAAUGACCCAUUGAGGACUUUCCUAGAGAAGCCUGAAAAGUUUUACAAUUCGCCAAAGAAGCCCCCCGCUUUUGUCAAGAACCCAAUGGCAUUUGACUUCGGGUUGGAUUCCAACGCUGCCGUUUCAAGUGAUAGUUUCCGUGCUGGCUUAGCACGGCUGAACACCAAGUUCGACCUGGUCAUGAUCACCGAGCGUUUUGACGAGUCCGUGAUCUUGGCCAAGGAGUUGCUGGGCUGGGAGAUGGAGGAUGUGGUCUCCCUGUCUUUAAACAGGCGCGCCAAGACCCACGGCAAUAACUCGGUCGAGCAAUACGAACCGCACCUGUACGAGAUGAUCCGGCGCUGGAACGCGCUGGACGUGGCUUUGUACGAACACUUCUCGCAUCGCUUCCAGCGCCAGGUGGAGGCGUUUGGAGUGGAGCGAAUGCGACGCGAGGUGGACGCCCUGCGCAGGGAGGUGAGCGCCCGCAGAGAGGAGUGCGUGGCGAGCGAGAUGGGCGCGCGAAAGAUUAAGCAAAGGGAGAUCAGGCCAUUUGUGUUCGGCGCAGUGGAUAUCCUGGGCUACAACAUGAGGAGCGGCCUGGACCCACGAACACGCGAGCGGUGUCUCCGGAUGCUGCUGCCGGAGCUCAAGUACCACUCGCGGCUCUUCCAGCGGCAGUACGGCACCACAGUGGAGAAAUACCAAAAGAAGAUAAUUCGCGUUAGAGGGAAGCACAGGAACGCUUUGAAAAUCAACGAUUGACAUCAAUCCACAACGAUUGACAUCAAUCCAUGUGCAUUGUAUAUUUCAUGGCUCUUCGUUGCUGCACUGCCCAUUGUAAUUUGCACAGGUUGAUUACUUUCAAAUAUCAGAAUCCAAGCACCUGAGCACAGCGAAGGAAUCAAAAACAUUUUGACAGAAGGGGUCCGAGAUGUGGUGACGAUGAUCUUUACCUCUCGAGAGUGAUUCAAAUCUCACCAGCAGGUGCGUCUGUGGCCAUUUUUUCUUGGGGGGGUGGGUGUGGGUGAACUCUCACACAAAAUUACAUCAUUAAAAUCUGGCCAGUUAUUACCAGCCAAUGCUAUCAACAGGGGCAAUUCUGAGAAAUGUGCUGUUUGUAGGUUUAUUCGGGAGCGAGAAAAUCGAGGUCGGCACCACCAAUAGAUGAAUCGGUUGGCGGUGACCCAGGUCACCAUCGUGACCCGGGGGUGCCAAAACCUCCAUAACUCCGAAACCAGAAGGCCUAUGAAGACGGGAGAUGUCACUGAGCCCGAUACGCACGCCAAAUAUGGAAAUAAAAA